AUGAUGCCCUGGGGUAAUCGCCGCCCGAGCGCAAGCGAGAAGAAACCGAAGAUUACAAGACGAAUCACAGACAUUGCUACUGGCCGUGCAACUAAAUCGAACCGUGAAGGGCCCGAAGAUCCUUUGCUUCAUUCUCAAGGAGGUGGUGAUGAUUCGUAUCCAUCCUCAACGGAAGAACAUUCCAAUGUAGCAGAAGAAGACCAAGCCAGUCGAGACCUUGAGCAUGAUGCUGAGACAUCCAACAUACAUUCCAGCAGUUCUAGAGAUCGCUAUGACACUAGCAUGGUCACAGCUACUGUGGAGACAAGUGUUAACACUCAAGAUACUUCGGCAAGUCGUGAUCCGUCCAAAAACAUCACUGGUGAUUAUUUCCCCACACCCUCAGGAGGCAUGCCCACCUACCCGACACGUAAAGGCUCUCUAACGACUUCCGCAUUUCAUGGAGCUGAGGUGAAACUUAAUCCUUACGAAAUUUACCCAUAUCCCAAUCCUGAGGCGCAAUCCGAUUCUCAAGAAUACAGACCUGACAUACAGCUCCGUCCUGAAGAAAUCUCACCCUUUUCUAAGCCUUCUCGAUAUCGUUCUCGACAGAAUUCCCCAUCAAACACACCUCAGGUGCAACAGAGUCCUCAAGUAACUUCCCCUUUUCAUAGUCCUUACAUGACAUCCGGUCCACAAGGAGCUUUCGCCCAUCACCAUCCUACAGCGGGUUUCAGACCUAUGGAUUCAUCUAGUCAUCAACAGAGUUCUCCUCAUUACAGCCGUGGAGUGCAAUCAGGUCCUCAAGCAACUUCCCCCUUCCAAAGUCCUUCCAUGCCGUCCGGUUUUCAAGGGACCUUCACUCAUCAGCAUCAUAUAGCGGAUUCCAGACCUAAGGAGUCGUCUAGUCAUCAAGUAGCUUUCCCCCAUGCCAAACCUGAGGAGCAACCAGGAUCAGAAGCUUCUUCCGCACAACACACUUCUGACGCGAGAUUCCGUUUUCGAAAGACUUCCGGGCCUCAUCAAUCAGACUCAAGUUUGGUAACUCAUGAUACUGUCAUGGACAAUGUUACUUAUGGUACACCGCCUGAGCAAAUAUUAUAUCCCGUCAGAUACGGUUCAUCUGAGGAGAGCGAAGACGUGAGCUUCGUUAGCCUAGAUUAUCCAUCAUCUCCCUCAUCUAAACAUUCAACCUCAUCAGCGCCUGGCAGGAAACGCGCAGGAUCAUUCAACUUCAAGAACCUUCUACAUGCCUCACCAAAGCUACAUCGACGUCAAGGUCAAUCCGAAUUACGUUCGGAAGAUUUUGGCUCGCACGAAUCACCGACUGCUCUCUCUACAACAGCAAAACCCCAAACCGGCGGACGUCUCAUACCUGAAAUCUCAACGCCUGAAUUGAUCGCUCUUGGGUGGCCUGCUAGCGAGGAAAUCAUCGAUAAUGCAAUUAAGCAAGCACUUGACAUCUCUGACAAGACCGGGCUGCCAUUCAUGAUUUUGCAGGACGGGAGAUCUUGUUUAGACCGACGUAACGAUGGUGGUUUCGAACUCAUGAGGCCAGAAGAAUGGAAGAGCACGCUGAAGAAGCAGCUGAACUUCGGUACACCAAGCCCGACUCCUGCUAUCUCCACCUCCGCCCAUAGCUCGCCACCGGUUCGAAAUGCUUUGAUGAAGACUGCAACAGCCAGUAGCACACCCGAGGACGUUAGCAAGUCGCCGGAAUCUCAGAGGAGCGCUAAGCGCAAUAAAGCUAAGGAGUUAAUUGACUACAUAGAAGAGUCACGCAUCGUGGACCUCGUCGCAGGAGAUGCCGAGAAGAAGAAGAAGGAGCGAGUUGUGCCGGCCAGCCCACGGGCGGCGUACCCAAUGGGACGCCAAAAACGCGGCAGCUACUCAAUGUCGGACGUCACGAAAAUCACCACGCCGACCAAGAUCACGCCUGCUUCAAUCCGCCGCGUCGACGAUCGAGCCCCCACCCCGCCGCCAAAGAACGACGAUGAGUCCCCUCGGAUUCAGAUCAAGAGGACAGGAGACCAGCGCCCACGGGGCAUUAGAAUUGGGGCAGCCAUCCCAAACUGGCCUUUACGAGAAUCGUCGAGGGACGCAACGGCCGCAACUGCGGCGGCAGAGCAGAGCGCCGAGUCACCAAGUGACUCGAUAAAUUCCAGCAGAUACUCCGGGGACGAAAACUCCGUCCAAACCGCCCAGGCGGUGAGGUACUACCAACCGGGCCCCGCCACAGCCCUCAACUCCAAUCCGGCCGAUGAGGCCGAGAAAGAGUUCGCUCGCGGACUCACGCGCCAAGGGGCGGCGGCGAGGGAGAAGGCGGAGGCAGAGAAGGAGGAGGCGGCGCGCCGGGAGGGCCCUCCCGUGCGCAAGGCAUGGGGCAAGAUGGGGCUUGGGGGGAGGAAGGGAGGAGAGGGGGGAAGGGGAAGGAGUGAGGGGGAGGCAUAUGAGACGUUUUGA